CCACGGUUCAUCCUCGACGUUCUCCCAAUACAAAUACCCUUCGUGUUCGUUAUGUUUUAAAAAUAAAUGUGAGAGAAAAACUGCCUUAUACACAACUACAGAUAAGACUAGAAGGAGAUGAACGUGUGAAGUCAUUUAAUUCUGUACAGACGAUUCAUUUUCAACCCUUUUUCACAUCAAAGUUUUGAGUUUCUCUCAAACUUAUCCAAUGGAAACGAGCAGAGUGAAUUUAGUUUAAACUCGUGAAGUUAAACCAGAGACAUCAACCUUAAAUAAAAUCAAUUCGUGGAGUACUUAUACAAUUCUUUGGGGAGUACGAACUCCAAAUAUGUCGAAUCCGUGAUAUCAAGCCAGGAAAGCAUUGCUCAAAAAUGCAUAAAACCAACAACUUUGGAAGUCACGUGGUCACACACGGUCCCGACGCCAAGAUGAAAUGUGAGGUUUGCGGCAAAAUUUCCAAAAACAGACUCGCCUUAUCUUGCCACAUGUGGAAUCUCCACUCGGACCGGAAGCGGCCCAGUUGUGACACUUGUGGCCGGGUGUUUGCCAACCUUACAAAUUUACGGCGACAUAUUAACACCGCCCACGGCACGAAGGAACGACCCCGUUUACCAUGUACGUUUCCCGGUUGUGAAAAAACCUAUCUAAGCAAACAACACAUUUCGGAACACGUGAAGACUGAACAUUCCCAUAAUCCGGUCCGAAUCCCGUGCACACUUUGCGGAAAAGAAUUCAAAACCCGAAAAGAACUUGAGCAACACAUUUCCACCCACACGACUGAGAAACCUUUCAAGUGUGCCACGUGUGGGAGGAGUUUCGCCCAAAUAGGAAAAAUGAAACGUCACGAGGUGACGCAUUUGGAAACCUCUGCACGAGACGUGUCCAAGUGGAAUAAAGAGCAGAAGAUCCAUUCCUGCGACAAGUGCGAGUACAGGAGCCACUCGAAAUGCAAUUUUGUAGAACACACAAGGCGGCACAAGCCUGCUAAGCAUGGGUGUUACUUCUGUGGAAAGAGGUUUGUCGCUUUUAAAGAUUUGGUGCGACACUCGAGUAGCAUGCACACCUUGGAAAGUAGGGAAUUUGGUUGAUUUGUAUUUUUUGGUUGGGUUAGAUUUACUGGGGUAAACUUUAAAAUGUUGUGAAUAAUAUUUAACAAGUUUUACAAUAAUUAUCAAAUACCUGUUCCUAU